CACUGUGUCAAGCUUUUUAGGUUAUCAGUCAAAAUUUCCAAUUAGAACUGUUCCAUGGGCGCGACGAAAUGAAUCCCGCAUUACGGCCUUUAAUCCAAAGUUGUGUGACAGUGACAUUCGUUCUAUACGCGUUUUUGUCACUGUUCCGGGAAGCUUUUUUCAGUCCCCUGCCUUUUGGCUUCAUACUUACUUUGGGUUUAAUAUGUGCGAUCCACCUUUUAAGAGUGCCAGCUCCAGAAAAAAGUUCAGUAGAGGCAAUAUUUGGUGCGGAGCUUAGUGAACCUGAGGGUAUUAAAGUGACAACUAUCGCCCAUAGAGGUGCAUUAUUAGAUGCACCUGAGAACAGUCUGGCAGCUUUUGAAAUGUGCAAAAAUGAAGGGCCUAUUGCGGUUGAAUUCGACAUUUGCCUAACAAGUGAUGGUGUUCCAAUUGUUUUUCACGACUCAACACUGGAAAGAAUGACUGGUCUGCCUCAAGUAGUUAGUGAAACAAAGUGGGAAGAAUUAUCUAAAAUAGAUAUAUCUGUCAAGCAUUUAUAUAAGGACAGGUAUCCUAACACUAAUAUUCCUACGCUGGAGCAAACUAUUACUCAACUACUAGCAUCAGGGCAAAAAAUGAUUAUUGAUAUUAAAGAUAAUAACACUAAGAUGGUUAAAGUAAUUCAUGAUCUGUUCAAAAAUCAUAAUGAACUGUAUAGCAGAGCUGUGGUAUCAACCUUUUUCCCUAACCUUAUAUACCUGAUUAGAAGGGGUGAUCCGAAAAUAGUGUGUUCAAUGGCCUGGCGUCCGCAUGCUUUCGCUUACACUUCAUACAGUUAUCCAGAAGGAAAGGGUCCCAAAAAAUAUGAACAGUGGUACAAACAUUUUGCCGCGCUUGUAUAUGACGAAAUUGUCGCUUGGGCUUUACCUAAUUUCCUUUACCAUCUUCUAGGGCUCUCAUUUGUACUCCUCCAUAAAGAUGCUGUGACUGCGCAGACAAUUAUUGAGUGGCGGAAAAAGGGCGUUAGGGUGAUGGCGUGGCCAGUUAAUAGUCCAGUUGAAAAACAGCAUUUCGCUCGCAACCUUAAAGUAACAUAUCUAACAGAUACCCUCACUGGUGAAAGCUCCACACAUUUAUUGCCUUAAUUUUUGUAACAACCUGAAAACAUGGAAAAAAAUAUUAUAUUAUUUUGGGAUAUCAAAUUAGCAGUAACAAUUUACAAAUAAAUGGUCUUGAUGUAAAAAUUCAUAGACAAUUAUCAACUCCAAAUGAAUAAAUAUUUUUGUUAUAUUUAAUUUUGGUAACAGAUAAUUUACAACUGUUUUUUAGUUUAAAUUUGAUGAUGGUCAUUUAAACUAAUAAGUAAAACUAAUUUAGUAAAUUAUAUUUUAUUAACAAUAUUUUAUAGAAGAGUAAAAUCGAAUAAUUUCUAAAUAAUUGUUUGGUAAUUUGUAUAAUAUAUUAUUUUACGUAAGAAAAUAUCUUGCCUAUAUAUGUAUUAUGAAUUUUCCUGAAACUAUAGUAUUAUUUUUAACUUUUGACUGAAACAUAAUCUACAAAUUUUUCUUCAUAGACUGUUUCAUUCCUGAAAUAAUAUAGCAAUCAAUAAAUUUUGUUUUAGGAAUAAUUAUCACUUUAUUUAGCAGCUAUAUAAGACUAAUUGAGGAUUAUAAACUAAAGUAUAAUUUAUGUGAUUUUUAAUGUGAAAGCACAAAACAGUUUAUAUAUUUAUGCAUUUAUUUUAAUAUAUUGUAUUAUUUUAUUUAUAUUCAAAACGGACCAAAGUACAAUAAGAUGUAUUAAGUUGUUGGUGCAAUUUAUAAGUUUAAUUAUAUUUAGUUAUGUUUUUAAAAACAUAUGUUAUUUUCAGUUUGAAUAAAAUACGGAACUUAUACAUA